CACGUGACCGUCAGCGCAGCAGAUUUGAAUUGUUUGCUGGUUGUGUUUUCGUGUCGCCGUUUGAAUGCGGAGAAGAAAAUAACAGUUGUGAGUUUUUAAGAGGAGCUUCAGGAGUUUUCUGAUCAGUCUGAGUCCCACAGAAAAGCACCAACAGCGGGAUGGACUGUCGAGCUAACAGCGAUCUGUUCUUUCUGCCUGAUGAGAAGUUUGACUUUGACGUUUCUCUGUCACCAGCCAGUUCCAAAGGUGAUGACGAUGAAGACGAGGUGUUUAUGGGUCCGCUCAGCCAUAAGGAGAGGUGCAUCUCUGUUAACGUGGUGUCUCAGCUUGAAGGUGGCAAUGUAAGGGUGAGUUGGAGUCCGCUGACUGGAGAUCAGCUGGAGGCGGUGUGUCAGGAAGCUCACAAACUGGCCGACCAGCUGCAGAGCAGCGAACUGAACCAACCACUCAGUGAGAACGGCGCACCCAGUGACGCCACAAACGGCAAGGAACAGUUCCUGCAGGAUGCUGAAGCCAAACUGGGCAUGCUCGCUCAGACCGCCAGCUCGCUCAGCCCCAUCAAACGGCAGACCUUCUUAGUGCAGGACAGUCCCAUGAAAGAGCUGCCACCUGCCGUACAGCGCCGCCUGCUGAGAGGAAGCAGCAUUAAAACAGCUUCAUCGACCAGCCCUGCAAACACAUCUUCAUCAAACCGCCCCUCCUCUGCCACUACACCAUCCAUCCGUCCCAACCGUGUUUCGGCCACCAACACAGCUUCAUCCACUCGCCCCGCUGCCAGCACCAGACUUAGCACAUCCAGCCCGGUGGUCGGGGUGAAAGUACCACCCAGGACAGGGUUGCGAGGGAAAGCUGCACUGGGCGUCGUGCUACCAAGCAAACUGGCAGGUCCAACAACUUCCUGUUCGACAAGCAAGAGCAAAGUGGAGAAAACCAGAUUGCAACCACCGAGUAAAGCAGGAGAGAAGGCAGUGGGGAGUUGGAAGCGUAGUCCGUCUUCUCGUCCCUCCAGCAGGGCGGGGUCAUGUGAGGAUCUGCUUUCUGAUUCGGCCAGCGUUGCUUCUGACAUCAGUGACUCCUCUCUGAACUCCAGCCUGCUUGGAAAACGCACAAUGGCUCCGCCCAGCAAGAGUUUUACAAGGAAUCUGUCAGCGGUGAAAGUCCCUCCCCUUCAGAGCAGGAGGGUGACCGAGAGAAAAAACACAUCUUCAUCCUCUUCAUCUGUGUCCAGCUUCAACUCCAGUAUGUCUCUGUCUCCUGGGAAAGGUAAACAAAAUUCUUCUUUGAACCGAAGUCUGAGUGGCUCCACCGCCCCCAGCAGCGUCACCAAACCAGCCAAUCCCACCAGACCAAACCGCUCCAGUGUGUACGGUACGGCAGGGCAGGCGUCAUCCAACACCAGCCGCCGCUCACUGUCCACCCAGGUACGGAGGCCCUCAGAGGUGGAACGGCCCAAAGCCACCAAGUCUACACCACUGAAGAGAGCUGAAGCCAUGCCCCUUCAGAUAACGCCCGCCAAGAGAGUUUCAGAAAGGGUCGCUUCGAUCCCUGCCAACGCCUCUGGCCGGCUGCAGAGCGGACUGAAAACCAAAUCCAAACCUGAGGCUCUGGUCCUACCAACACCCAGUGGGGGAUGUAAAGGGGCUCCUCAAAAAGACGAUGUGUCAAAGGUGAUGAAGCCGAAGAGGCCGAUGUCGACCAGCAGUGUAGAAAGUCUCCUUCAGAAACCCUCUGCUGGUCCUAUGACGCCCUCUGCUGGCAGUGGGAGAUCACUACAGAUGAAGGCCAGGCGCCCCUCUGCCCUUCCCACCCCUGUGAAGCGCAGGACGUCUGCCAUUCCUCCAGCCACACCCUCUAACCAGACCAGACUCUCCAGACCUUCAGCCACCUCUGAGUCUGGCCCCGCCCUCUGCUCCAGCUCAGCCAGGAGAGAGAAAAGCUGCAGUCCCGACCCAGCAGACGCUCAGGAGGCGGAGCUAAAUCCCCCUGAUGUCCAGCCUUUCUGCCUUGAGGAGGAGGAGUCAACUGUUGUUCCACCUCCCAGUCCUCCAAACAUUGACCAAUCAGAGAGCACAGAGUCUGAACCAGAGCCAACUAAACCCGAACCAGAACCCAGCAGCAACCUGAUCGAAUUGGAGUCUGCAGAGGAGAGCAACACAAAGACACAAGAGGUUCUUCUGUUGGAUCUUCCUGCUCCGGUUCUGCAGCCUCCAGAGAAACUGCUCAUCGAUCUGACCAACACCCCCGACCUGAUCCGGACCAGCAACAAGGCCUGCACCACCACUCAGCAGCUGAUUGAUCUGAGCUCUCCACUCAUAAAGUGGAGUCCAGAAGAUAAAAGAGAGAACGUCGCCCCGCUCAUCAACCUGUCCUUCUGAGGAACUGAACCAGGGUUCCUGGACUCAGCAGGUUCCUGUUUUCAGAAACUGUAAAAACGAAUCAAGUAAAGUCAACAACAGAGUUUUAAUCAGUUAAGUCUUUACUCAGAGUAUGAUGUGUUUUAAAUGAAAAUAUGGAAAGGCUCCUGAAGUCUUUCUGCACCUGAUUGUACUUUUAUUUGUGUCCGUCUUGCUGCUCUUAUUGAUGUCUGAAUAAAUGUUAAUGUCACUGCCA